AUUCUACAUUCCUUUUUGUUGUCGCAAAGGCCUAAAAGGAAUCGCUAUCGUGAGAGACAAAUUCGCUUUAUAAUCAUUGCAAAAUGGCUGAUGAAGGCAAGCAAGAAUAUGCCGAAGGAGAAUAUUACGAAGGGGGCUACAUGGGUGCCGGUGAAGAAGAGCAGCAUUACGAAGGAGAUGGGGGAAUGUAUGAUGCCGAAGGUGAAAUAAAACAUGGCGAAGAGGAAGCCUAUCCGUCCUACACGGAGUUUUACAGCACGCUACAAGGACAAGGUGUAAGCGAAAGACUUGCGGCAAAAAUUGACUAUUUGGUUCAAAACGGUGUGAUAACACCGGAAGAACUUGAUGAUAGAGCUCUUGAUGGUUUGAAGGAAUUUGUCGAAGAUGAUGCUAUACAAGUUAUAGAUCAGUUUUCAAAGAGUGACUUGUCUCAUGUGCAGAAUAAAAGUGCAUUCCUGUGUGGAGUGAUGAAGACGCACAGAACAAAAACCAAACAGAAGGAAAAAUCAGGAGAACCACAAAGUGAAGGGAAAGCUGGACCAAACGAAGAUAAGGUAAAGGACUUGCUGGAAAGAACUGGUUAUACACUCGACAUUACAACUGGACAAAGAAAAUAUGGCGGACCACCACCUGGCUGGGAAGGCCCAGCACCUGGACAAGGUGAGAAGAGAUUCUGCUCACAAAUAUUUGUUGGAAAACUUCCACGUGACAUGUUUGAAGAUGAGCUGAUUCCAAUGUUUGAAGGUUUUGGACAGAUUUAUGACUUUCGUUUAAUGAUUGACCCUAUCUCUGGGUUGAAUAAAGGCUAUGGUUUCUGUACUUAUGCAACUAAAGAGUCUGCCCAGAAGGCUGUCAGGGAGAUGGACAAAAAAGAAGUGAGAGGAGGCCGGAAGCUGGGUGUCUGUUUGUCUCUUCCUAAUGACAGGUUAUUUGUGGGUUCAAUUCCAAAGUCUAAAACCAAGCAGCAGAUUAUGGAUGAGUUUAGCAAUGUGACAGAAGGACUUAUUGAUGUCAUUGUGUACAUAUCAUCAGAAGACAAGAAUAAGAACAGAGGCUUUGCUUUCUUACAAUACGAAAGUCACAAAUCAGCUUCAUUGGCGAGAAGGAGGUUAAUGAGUGGCAAGAUCAGAGUCUUUGGUAAUAUAACACCAACAGUUGAUUGGGCUGAUCCACAAGAGGAACCAGAUGAUGAAAUAAUGCAAACGGUGAAAGUUGUUUAUGUGCGAAAUCUCACCCCAAGCACUGAUGAGGACAAAUUAACUGAGCUUUUCAAACAGUAUGGUGAGAUAGAGAAAGUGAAAAAAAUCAAAGAUUAUGCCUUUAUCCAUUUUAAGGAAAGAGAAAAUGCUGUAAGGGCUAUUGAAGAACUGAAUGGACAAGAAAUUGAUGAGCAAAAGAUUGAAGUUGCCCUGGCAAAACCACAAACUGAUAAAAAGGAAAGAAGGAGGGGUAUGUCUGGGUUUGGUGCUUUAAAUGCAGCAAAGUCUGGACCUAUGAGGAUGACAAGAGGUGGACCAAGGGGUGGUAUGAGAGGCUCACCAAUGAGAGGAGGAGUAGGAAUGCGAGGGGGUCAAGGGAGAUACGAUGAUUGGGGAUAUGAUUCUUAUGGUGGAGGUUAUGACCAAGGUGGUUAUGGGGGCUAUGAUCAGGGAUACCAAGGCUACGGUGACCAAGGAUAUGGUGGUGGGUACGGUGACAGCUACUAUGAUGAUUACUAUGGAGGUGGUGGUGAUCAGUCAUAUGAUUCAUAUUAUGAUAGUGGUAGUAGAGGAGGUAGAGGUGGUAUGUCUAGUAGAGGUACUGGAGGUAGAGGUGGAGGGGGACGUGGUGUGGGGCAGAGAGGAGGUGGUGGUGCAAGAGGUGGACCUACUGGUUUGGGUAGUAGAGGUGCCCAAAGAGGAGGUCAAAGGGGAGGUGCAAGAGGUGGAAUGUCUGGUGGACGCGGUGGUCCAUCUGGUGGAAGAGGAGCACCAAGUGGAGCUGGAAUGAAGAGAAAGAUGGACAACAGUCAACCAAACCAGCCAAAGAGGCAGUAUAGUGGAGAACAGGGUGGUGGCUGGAAUCCUCAACCAAUAGCACAGAAGCCAUUAAGUCAAAGUGAUGGAGGAAACUAUUAUGGAUAUGGUGGUGGUAGUGGAAACCAGGAAUGGUACCAAGAUUCUUAUGGUCAACAGUGGAAAUAGGAGAUUGAUGGUGUUGGUCCUCUAUUUAGUAUUUGUUUGUGCAAAACAAGACUAAAACAUAUAGAUGAAACACCUGCCUGGCAAAUUUUUGUUUUCAUAAAGACUUGAACCAUGUCUUUUUCAAAGAACCAAAAGACUUAAAAACAGGAACGAAAAAUGGAGAAAAACUAGAGAAAAUGAAAUAUGUCAAAGUCUGCUUCAAUAAAACAAAAUGCGGCUCAAAACUUUGAACUGAGUUUAUUUCAGUACAUUCUGUAUUGUACUUUGGUCUUAUUAAAACAAGUGGGAAUGAAAGAAGUAUGUAAACAGUGGAAAUUUUGAUUUAAACCGAAUAUUUACAGAUUUGAUACAAAACUCAUUAACCUCCUUUUAUCUGUGUGACAAAAUGGUAAAUUAGCCAGUUAAAGAUCUAUUUUUAACAUCUCGGAACCAUAUCAAAGAAGCUCUUAGAAUUUUUUUGAAAAUCUGUUUACAAAGACAGCUUAGUUAUUGUAGCAUUUAAAACCAGUUUCAUGUUUCUUCAAUAUCUCUUCAUUUGUUUAGAAAUUCUGCAAAUUCUGGAUUGAUAAAUAAAUCCAAUUUUAUCAAGUUCUGUUUAAAGUUUAUGUAUUCAGUCCAUGGAUGCCGCAAACAUUUUUCCAGUUUUCGAUUCAUUUAUCCUCAUUGCU